CGGCGCAGAGGAGGCGGCGGCCGCCGAGCUAGAGGGGCGCCGCGGCGGACGGCGCGCGCGGCCCCCGGAACCAUGGGCAAGUGCAGCGGGCGCUGCACGCUGGUUGCCUUCUGCUGCCUGCAGCUGGUGGCUGCACUGGAGCGGCAGAUCUUUGACUUCCUGGGCUACCAGUGGGCUCCUAUCCUAGCCAACUUCCUGCACAUCAUGGCAGUUAUCCUGGGCAUCUUUGGCACCGUGCAGUACCGCUCCCGGUACCUCAUUCUGUAUGCAGCCUGGCUGGUGCUCUGGGUUGGCUGGAAUGCAUUUAUCAUCUGCUUCUACUUGGAGGUUGGACAGCUGUCCCAGGACCGGGACUUCAUCAUGACCUUCAACACGUCCCUGCACCGCUCCUGGUGGAUGGAGAAUGGGCCAGGCUGCCUGGUGACACCUGUCCUGAACUCCCACCUGGCCCUGGAGGACCACCACGUCAUCUCGGUCACCGGCUGCCUGCUUGACUAUCCCUACAUCGAAGCACUCAGCAGUGCCCUGCAGAUCUUCCUAGCUCUGUUCGGCUUCGUGUUCGCCUGCUACGUGAGCAAAGUGUUCCUGGAGGAGGAGGACAGCUUUGAUUUCAUCGGCGGUUUUGACUCCUACGGAUACCAGGCGCCCCAGAAGACGUCGCAUUUACAACUGCAGCCUCUGUACACGUCGGGGUAGCUUCUGCCCCGCGCCCACCCCCGCGGCUAGACCGACAGCCGCUGCCAAGAGCUCCAGCCAAGAUGGCAGGCGCGCCCCCUGGCGGCUCGCUGACUGGACUGCAGCCUGCGCCGGCUUGAUCUGGGUCUGAAGUGGACUUGGACUUGGCCCUUAGCAGCCCGGACUUAAGGGGUGGGGCGGGGCAGGGCUGGAGAGGGGGAUCGCGGGGUUUUUUUGUUUGUUUGUUUGUUUGUUUUUAAUCUCAGCCUUGGCUUGUUGCUGGAGCCUCCCUCCCUUCUCCAGCCUCUCCUUUCACCCUUCACCCAGAACCUGUCCCCUGUCCAGAGAGAAAGGGCAGGACAGACAAAUUCGCCCCAUCUCACCACACUCAUUCAUCAGCCCUGGGGAAAGUUACCCUGAACUAGAAGCAGCAUUCUUGGGUUCUUGUCUCAGCUCCAUUGCUCUCUGUGUGACAUCUGGCAAGGCCCUUGCCCUCUCUGGGCCUCAGUUUCCCAACUCAAAUAAUUAAAAUAAUCCUGUAGUAA